CAUUAUUGAUUAUCGGAAAAAAGACAAGGGUACUGUCAGUCCGUCACCACAUUAAAAUCCCAAAAUUGUCCUUGGUGUUUGACCCCACGCGCUGUUCAUUUUCUCCAAUCUCCGUGGCAUUUCCGCAAUUUAUUUUAAUAGUCGGGGACAUUUCCGGUACCCCAAUUUCCUUUCCCUUCAAAAGUCACUUUCCAGUCGUCUUUUUCAGUCUUGCCAUGUCUGGGCAGCUCAAGACUUCAUCGUAUAUUCGUAUGUCCGAGUGGAGCAGAGAAGAAAUCUCUCAGAUGGGUCUUCUGAAAUUUGGGCUUCUCUGCAUUGAUUUUUUUGCCUGGCCUAUGCUUGCUCUGGCUUAUCCUCUGUGUGUUUCAAUCAGGGCAAUUGAGACUGGUUCCAAGUAUCACAUGAGAAAGCUGGUAACCUAUUGGACUGUUUUGUCCAUUGUGUCUCUCUUUGAGCAUACAUUGAGAGUAAUGGAAUGGGUGCCUCUGUGGCCUUACUUGAAACUGGUUGGCACUUUCUGGUUGGUGGUACCUCGGUUCAAUGGCGCUUGUUAUGCUUAUGAUUGUCUUGUUAAUGCAGACUUGGGCGCGAAACUGCACUGCAUUCUUUCCCAGAUUAACCAUGCGUUUUUGGCUCACAAACACCUUUUGAACUCUCCUGAAAACGGAUGUUGCUGUCGCCUUAUGCAGCCUAUAGCUAUCAAAGGCAUGGAACAGACAACAGAACAAGGAACCGAGGAAACAAAAUCUCGCCUUGUGCAGUCUAAAGAGUUCAAAGCCAUGGAACAGACAACAGAACAAGGAAUUACCGAGGAAAGAAAGGUUAAAAGUGCAGUUGACAACAUAGGACAGAUGCAGAAACAAGAAACUGAAGCUCCAUGGGUGAAGGGAAUCCCUGUGGCUAACGCUGCAGAAGAGAAAACUAUCCCAGAGAUAAAUUCUUCAAAGCUAAUUCAGAGAGAAUGGACUUGUGCUGUGUGCCAAGUGACUACUACUAGUGAGAAUAAUUUGAAAUCCCAUCUUGGAGGGAAGAUGCAUAGAACCAAUUGCGCGGAGCUGAAACCAAUCAAGUGGGUCACAAAAGACCCAGGAUCUUCUUCCCCCAAAGCAACAGAUCUUCCAAAUCAAGUGAAAAACGAACCAGCAAAGCAUGCACCUGCAGGAGGAAGGUUAAAACAGGAAACCGAUGUCAAACCAGAGAAGGUAACCGGUCUUCCAAAUCAGGUUACAAAUGAGUCAGCAAAGCACGCACCCAUAGAAGGCGAAUGGAAGCUGACAACCAGUGGUAAGCAGGAGAAGAUCCAAGCGAAUGCAUCUGGAGAAGAAGAAAGUUCUGUUAAUGUUGGUGCAGAUCCUAGGCCAUAUUGCAGCAUCUGUAAUAUUUGGAUUUCUAGGGAGGCUGAUGUGGUGUCCCACUUGAAGGCUAGAAAGCACAUGUCUAAACUCAAACAAAUGGGGAUUAUGACAGCAAAUGAACCAGCAAAACCAGAGAAGGAAACAGGUCUUCAAAACCAAGUUGAAAAUGAGCCAGCAAAGCCUAAUGCCCCUGCAGAAGGAGAAUCAAAGCAGAAAACCGAUGCUAGUGUAAGUACAGAUUCUAAACCAUAUUGUAGCUUCUGUAAUAUUUGGCCUCCAUGCGAGGCCGCUUUAGUUGUUCACUUGAAGGGGAGAAAGCACUUGUCUAAACUCAAACAAAUGGGCAUUUUGAUGGCCAAUGAACCAGCAAAACCAGAGAAGGAAACUGGUCUUCAAAACCAAGUUAAAAUUGAGCCAGCGAAGCCUAAUGCCCCUGCAGAAGAAGGAUCAAUGCAGAAAACCGAUGCUAGUGUUAUUACAGAUUCUAAACUAUAUUGUAGCUUCUGUAAUAUUUGGCUUCCAUGCGAGGCUGCUUUAGUGGUUCACUUGAAGGGGAGAAAGCACUUAUCUAAGCUCAAACAAAUGGGCAUUUUGAUGGCCAAUGAACCUGCAAAACCAGAGAAGGAAACAGGUCUUCAAAUCCAAGUUGAAAAUGAGCCAGCAAAGCCUAAUUCCCCUGCAGAAGAAGGAUCAAAACAGAAAACCAAUGCUAGUGUUAGUACAGAUGCUAAACCAUAUUGUAGCUUCUGUAAUAUUUGGCCUCCAAGCGAGGCUGAUUUGGUGGCUCACUUGAAGGGGAGAAAGCACUUGUCUAAACUCAAACAAAUGGGCAUUUUGAUGGCCAAUGAACCUGCAAAACCAGAGAAGGAAACAGGUCUUCAAAUCCAAGUUGAAAAUGAGCCAGCAAAGCCUAAUUCCCCUGCAGAAGAAGGAUCAAAACAGAAAACCAAUGCUAGUGUUAGUACAGAUGCUAAACCAUAUUGUAGCUUCUGUAAUAUUUGGCCUCCAAGCGAGGCUGAUUUGGUGGCUCACUUGAAGGGGAGAAAGCACUUGUCUAAACUCAAACAAAUGGGCAUUUUGAUGGCCAAUGAACCCGCAAAUCACACACCUGCAGGAGGAGGAUCAAAGCAGGAAACUAAUGUCAAACCAGAGAAGGCAACGGGUCUUGAAAACCAAGUUGGAAAUGAGCCAGCAAAGCCUAAUGCCCCUGCAGAAGGAGGAUCAAAGCAGAAAACCGAUGCUAGUGUGAGUACAGAUUCUAAACCAUUUUGUAGCUUCUGUAAUAUUUGGCCUCCAUGCGAAGCCGCUUUAGUGGUUCACUUGAAGGGGAGAAAGCACUUGUCUAAACUCAAACAAAUGGGCAUUAUGAUUCCAAAUGAACCAGCAAAACCAGAGAAGGAAACUGGUCUUCAAAACCAAGUUGAAAAUGAGCCAGCAAAGCCUAAUGCCCCUGCAGAAGGAGGAUCAAAGCAGAAAACCGAUGCUAGUGUUAGUACAGAUUCUAAACCAUAUUGUAGCUUCUGUAACAUUUGGCCUCCAUGCGAGGCUGCUUUAGUGGCUCACUUGAAGGGGAGAAAGCACUUGUCUAAGCUCAAACAAAUGGGCAUUCUGAUGGUGUAAAACAUAUGCAUUUUGGAAAAAACUGCUCCAUCUAUGGGGGUUCUUGUAUGUAAAUCUAAGUACUGUUAUUCUCAGCUUUGUGUAGUAUGCAAAUAUUGAGAAA